UGGUUCAGGCGAGAGGGGACUUUGACAAAGGGCUGGAGUGUGUGUUUGACUCUGUGUGUGUGUGUUAAUGGUAGUAAGCUUUGUAUAUUUGUUGGGAGAGAAGUAAGAAGUGUCUGGUGGUUUGUAGGGAGUUUAAUAUGUUCGUCUUGGUGUUUUGGGUGUUUGCAAAGUAGGUCUACAGUGUCAGAUUAUGAGAGGGGGCUGGUGAGAGUGGCUGCGCAGGUGUAAGGGUCUGAUUCAGUAAGUUUAUGUGUGUGUGUGUGUGUGUGUGAGGCUCUAAGGAAAGGGCAGUACAAGAGGUGUGUUUCUGGUGUAUUUUCGUGUGUGUGGUUGUGAACACUGAGGAUGUCUAACUCCACCAUCAACUUCUACGCCCUGUCUCAGUCCUUCAGCUUCUCUGACAUUAUCGUCAUAGUAACCUACUUUCUUCUCAACCUCGCUGUCGGCAUCUGGUCAUCAUGCAGGGUGAGCAGGAAUACUCUGAGCGGAUAUUUCCUGGCUGGACGGGACAUGGCCUGGUGGCCGAUUGGAGCGUCUCUCUUCGCCAGCUCAGAAGGCUCAGGGUUGUUUAUUGGUCUGGCUGGGACCGGAGCUGCUGGAGGCAUCGCUGUCACUGGUUUUGAAUGGAAUGCCACCUAUGUGUUGCUGGCUCUGGCCUGGGUAUUUGUGCCUGUCUACAUCUCCUCAGGGAUUGUGACAAUGCCGGAGUACCUGGGCCGUCGUUUUGGAGGAGAGAGGAUCAGAACCUACCUGGCUGUCCUCUCACUGCUGCUGUCCGUCUUCACCAAGAUAUCAACUGACCUCUACUCUGGAGCCUUGUUUGUUCAGGUGUGUCUGGGGUGGAACCUCUACCUGUCCACUGUCCUCAUGCUGGUGGUCACUGCUCUCUACACCAUUGCAGGCGGUCUUGCUGCCGUCAUCUACACCGACACUCUACAGACAUUCAUCAUGAUUAUCGGAGCAAUCAUCCUAACAAUCACUGCCUUCAAUAAGAUUGGUGGCUACAGUAACCUGGAGCGUGUGUACAGCAUGGCCGUGCCCAGCAAGAUCAUCCCCAACAGUACCUGCCACUUGCCACGUCAGGACGCCAUGCACCUGUUCAGAGAUGCCGUCACCGGAGACCUGCCCUGGCCCGGCAUGACUCUGGGGCUCACCAUACUGGCCACCUGGUACUGGUGCACUGACCAGGUGAUUGUACAACGGUCCCUGUCUGCUAAGAACAUGAGUCAUGUUAAAGGCGCAUCAAUCCUGGCUGCCUAUCUGAAGAUGCUGCCUUUCAUCUUCAUCAUCCUCCCUGGCAUGAUCAGCCGAGCUCUCUAUCCAGACUCUGUAGGAUGUGUGGAUCCAGAAGAGUGUGUGCGAGUGUGUGGAGCCGAGGUGGGAUGCUCCAACAUCGCCUUUCCCAAACUGGUCAUUGAACUCAUGCCCAGUGGCUUGCGUGGACUUAUGAUAGCAGUGAUGAUGGCUGCUCUGAUGUCAUCGUUGACCUCCAUCUUUAACAGCAGCUCCACACUCUUCACCAUGGACAUAUGGAAGAAGCAUCGCCCCCGGGCCUCGGAGAGGGAGCUGCUACUGGUAGGCAGGAUUGUGACUGUGAUCUUGGUGGUAGUGAGUGUGGUGUGGAUCCCCAUCCUGCAGUCGGCCAACAGUGGCCAGCUGUAUGUUUACAUCCAGUCAGUGACGAGCUACCUCGCUCCACCCGUCACUGCUGUCUUCACCCUGGCAGUCUUCUGGAAGAGGACCAACGAGCAGGGUGCAUUCUGGGGCCUGAUGGUGGGUUUGGUGGUGGGUGUGUGUAGGAUGGUGGUGGAGUUUGCCUUCCCGCCUCCCAGAUGUGGUGUCGUGGACUCGGCGCCUACAGUCCUGCGUAAUGUCCACUACCUCCAUUUCGCCAUUCUGCUCUGUGGGCUCACUGCUAUUGUGGUUACUAUAGUAUCGCUGCUCACACCACCACCCAACCACGAACAGGUGUGUAACCUGACCUGGUGGACUCUGACUGAAGAGCCACCGAGAGAUAUUCCUCUACAGAAAGUGUCCUCUGUCAGCCACCGUAGCUCCCAGAGCUCUGAGCCAACACGGAGGGUGACAUGCGGUCAGGGGACAGGACUGUGUAUCUCAGCAGCAAGGCGGUCAGAAGAGAUUCCAGCUCCCCGAGCUCAAAGCGUCAGAGAGAGCGUGUUCUGGUCCAGGUUCUGCUGUGCCAACGCGCUCCUGGUGGUCAGCAUUAACAUUUUCCUCUAUGCCUACUUUGCCUGAGUAAAGAAACAGAUUUAACAUCCUGUCUCACCCUUCUGCUGAACUCCUGCCAAUCUCACUGACAUGAAUUCCAGAUCCAAGAAGGUGGGGGAAAUAAACUGUGAUUUUUGGACUGGUUUUACAUGAAUCCUGCUAAUGUAGCUUCAGGGGCCGUUAAAAAAACACAUUUAAAACCAGAAAACACAGAGCGAUCACAUACCUCUAACCACAAACCUCUAAAUGUGUUAUUUAAAGAAAAAAGUCAAUGUUGAGUUUUUUAAUCUGCAUCUGGAUCUACAUUCAUAUCAAAUUACACAUGAUGAUAGAUAAUUAUUGGGUACACAUAGCAGAGAUUUUGUUGUUUUGAACUGUUUAAAAACCUCCAUCUCACAAUGGCUUAAAAUCCUGAGCAGCUCAGACUGAGCUCAGUGUUGUCUUUUAAAAUCAUUUCAUUAGACACACAGUAUAUCUACAGAUGUUAUAAUUACAUUACAUUGUUACAACUGGCCCACUUGAGGCUGUUGGUUUGUUCAUAAAACCUUUCCGCCCUCUUCGAUGUAGCCUAGUUUUAAAGUUUCAGAAGGGUAUUGUACAAAUAUACAAUGAAGCUUGUGGCUUGUAACAAGCUAACAUGAAUGUGCCGUUAAUGCUAGGUAAAUAUGACAUCUAAAUAGAAGAGCAUCACACGUCAUUUUAGAUCUAAAGCUUAUAAAAUAUAUGGUGAGAUGAUAUAGUCAAUCUAUGUAGUUUAGGUUGUGUGUUUCUUCCAUAGUUCCCUUUGAGUCUGUAUGCUUAAUGGUAAUUCAUUAGUCGUGUUUAUGUCCUGAUGUUUGUCAAGAAAGGUUUUGUGAACCUUCAGUUAUUGUUGUAGAGUUCUGUCAUGCUAUUUAGGUUGUUUAUGAAUAUAUAUAAAUCAGAAUUUCUCAACCUUCUCUGGUCCCCAAAUUCAAAUUGAAAUAUGACAUGUUUGUCUUUUGUAAUCAAGAGUGCAGUUGGAAAAUCCAAAACAUGUGGAAAUAAUGAGAGGUUUUACAUUUAUUUUUUAUUAUUUUAGAUUUAUCAGACAGAGUAUCAGAGCUGAAAAUAUUGUUUAUGACCCCUUUUUGCUUGACAACAGACUCCCAUAAGGGACAUUCACCAGAGGAGACUGUUAUAAUUUGUUGAUGUGCAUUUGAUUUAUUUUUUGGGUUAAAUUCAUUAAGAACUACUGAGAAGUGAAGAUUGUUGGAUGUGAAGAACCUCAUGUCAGUCAGAAGACAAAAUAUCUGGACAAUUUGUCCGUCAAAUGUUUUUUUUUUUUUUCUUGUAAUAUCUCAAAUAAAUGUAAAGAUUUGUGCAUCAAAGCUACAAGUGUUUGUCCACACAGUACUUAUAACCAGAUAAUAUAACUCUUUAUUGCCUUCUGUAAAGUUUACUUACAUUUACUACAGAGGUGAAGAGGCAAAGAUAAAAUGGUUAGAUAAAACAAAGGGAAAAAUUUCACUUUUGAUUUAUGUUUUCAAUAAAGGCUAUUGGUUGAAGGAGGACAUUAGGGCUCAAGGGAUGUAUUCUGUUAAUAAUGAUAUAAGGUAUACAAAAGUGAUAAAUCCUGAAAUGUCAGUGGUGAGAGACAGCAAAUAUCUGGCAUUUCUGCUUCAUUGUUGAACUGAUUUAAAUGAUUAAAGCCACAGAAAACUUGGUAAAGAGUACUGCACCAAUGUAGCAUUACGCUCCUAUAACACUGUCAGAGUGUGACAUUAGAACAGUGACAGCAAUGGGCAUAAAAUUUGGUAUUAAAAAAGGAAACAUAGGCACUGAAAAAGUUCCAGCAAAAAAUAAAACACAGGCAUUAAGAAUAAUUUAAUUUUUUAUAUUUUUUGCGUUGUAAUGUGCAAUGACAAUGUCAGUCCUCAGAUUUUUCAGUCUUUUUUUUACACUUAAAAAUA